GCUAAACUUAAAAUUUUGGAUUAUUACAAUGUCUCACACUAUUCUUCUUGUUCAACCUGCAAACAGACCCGAAACAAGGACAUAUUCCGAUUAUGAAAGUGUUAAUGAAUGUAUGGAAGGAGUAUGCAAAAUAUAUGAAGAGUAUUUAAAGAGGCAAAAUCCAAAUACACCAACAAUCACAUAUGAUAUCAAACAGCUGUUUGAUUUUCUUGAUGAUUUGACAGACUUAUCAUGUUUAGUUUAUCAAAAGUCAACUAACACUUAUGCACCUUACAACAAAAAUUGGAUUAAGGAUAAAAUUCAUGUGUUACUUCGCAGAGCUGCUGAACUUGAAUGAAGAUAUAUGAAACUAAUUAUAUAGAUUGAUUUUUUAAUUAAGUCGUAUAUUAAGAAUAUAUAUAAAAAAUUUCCUGCAUUUAUUAUAAUUUCAUAUUGAAUCUACAAAACGUAAAUAAGAACUCCUUAUAUUAAGACUUUACUCAUCUUUUAAAAACUAAAUAAGUUCAGAAAUAAUAAAGUUAUAACAUAUAGGAUAGGUUAUAUGGCUGUAAAACAAAGUAGAUCGUACAAAUAAAUUCAACAUUUGCCAAA